GAAUCAUGUCAGUGAAACUAACCUUUGCCUCCCCUGCUGAUGGGGGAAGAAUCAGCAGGAGCUGCUCCUUCGCUGGAUUUAGCAGCACACAAAGCCGGAUGUUGGCAAAAUCUCUCAGCAAAGGAUCCACAAGAUCCAAGAUGUCAGUAAAAUCUGCCAAGAUGUAUUCCUCUCUACAGAAAGGGGCCAUCCUCUGUGAUCCCAAACCACAACAAGUAAAGAAGGUGUUUGAAGCUUUGAAGAAAGGGCUUAAUGAAUAUCUGGAAAUGCAUCAAACAGAGCUGGAUUAUCUAUCAGAGUGCCACCGAGACAGAAGAAGAAAUUCCAGGCUGGGUUUCUACUAUGAUUUGGACAAGCAAAUCCGCUCUGUUGAAAGAUAUAUUAGAAAAUUGGAAUUUCAAAUAAGCAAGAUAGAAGAAUUAUAUGAAGCAUACAGCAUCCAGUGUAGACUGCGAGAUGGUGCUUCAAAUAUGAAACACGCCUUUUCCUUGUCUCCUUCCACUAAAGCAUCAAGAGAGAGCCUGGUUGAACUCUACAAAAAUCUGCAAGAAUGUACAGAGGAUAUGUGUUUGAUUGAGGGGACCCUUGAAGUACAUUUGGGGGAGUUUCACUUGAAAAUGAAAGGAUUGGUGGGUUAUGCUCGUCUCUGUCCGGGUGACCAAUAUGAGGUGUUUAUACGGCUGGGGCGCCAGAAGUGGAAAAUAAAAGGCAAGAUUCUGACAGAUGAUAGUCAAACUUGGGAUGAGGAAGAAAAAGUUUUUAUACCCAGUCUUCAUGAGAAUUUUGAAAUCAAGGUGACAGAACUGCGAGGACUCAGUACGGUCCUGGUUGGCACUGUAACAUGUGACAGCAUCGAAUUCUUUACAACUAGACCACAAACCAUCAUUGUGGAUAUAACUGAACUUGGUACCAUCAAACUACAAUUGGAAGUCCUCUGGAAUCCUUUUGAUUCCGAGAACUUAAUUUUGUCCCCUGGGUCCACCACCAAGUUUUCUGUGGGAAGUAGAAAAAACUCCAUAUACAGCUGGACUCCUCCAAACACUCCUAGCUUCCGAGAAAAAUAUUACCUUUCUGUUUUGCAACAAGGAAAGAAACAUGCAAAUAUUAGGGAAGAGACCCAAGAUUCCUGCAUCCUGAGCUACUUGGCUGACUGUGAUUUUAACAUGCGUCUGAGGAGUGUAAGUCACAGCCUUACAGAGACAACUGAAGGAAGUUCAUUUAGUUCUGAAGAUCAGAAAGUGACAGAAAGCAGAAACAUGACUCCACCAUCAAAUGAAAGGAAGUUGCCAUUGGCUAUUCUGCAGAAUAAUUGUGCAGAAGGAGAGGAAGAGGAUAUUUCAAUAUGCCAGUCUCCUGGCCAUAGAACUUUAGAUAUCCUACAAGAAACACCCUAUGCUGAAACCUCUUUAACUAUUCCAUCAUGUCUGCUGGAACAAGACAAAGAUGGUGGUAAAACCAUCACUCGGGACUGGCACCAUCCUACAGUGCAACAAACAAAUAUUCUCUCUGUUGAACAAAGAGACUGGAAUGAUAACGAUGAUGAUGCCAAAACUACUGGAAAGACCAAGUCAAUUCAGAAAAUCCUACAGGAAGUGUUAAAAUUGCUGAAGUCACAAUGUCCAAGUCCUGUCCCACUGGAGGAAUUGGAAUACCAGGUCUUCUGUAUCCAGGACAAAUUAAAGCCCAAAAAGUAUCAUCCAAAACAUUCUUCCAUGGAGAGUUUGAUGGUAGAGACCGUGUUGGAAAGCUUUGACUUCCUUAAUGCCGACUGCAGUGCUGAUGAACUCUCCUCCUUUGGAAGUGUAAGGACCUGCAGCACCAGCAUCUACAAUGAUGCCACUCUUUCUUCUCUGUGCUGUGAGGCCCACAUGGAAAAGGAGUUAACCACAGGAAGUGAUGACCUGGAUAGACUUCUGGAAAUUCACCUGCAACUCUGCCGGGUCCUUCUGCAGAAACUCGUAAAGCCAAACUUAGCUCCAAUUGUCCAGGAGAACCUUUUGAAAGAAGCGUCACAACAGAAGCACGUCUUAGAAAUAAUUUCUGCUCUGGCUACUCCUGUGCCACGGAAAAUUACUUCUGUUGAAGAGAUUAUCCAAAAAGCCCAAAAGCCAAAACACUGCUUGAAGAUCUGGAGUGAGUGUACUGAACAGGGAAGCAUAUUAUUCUGUCCAGCAGAAAGAUUUUGGACUCCUUUGAAAUAUAUAUUGAUGUUCAAAACAAAAGAGAAAUAUCGACAUCAUCUAGAAAAAGUUUUGCAGGUAUUCUUGGAACAGAUAGUUGGAGGCAUUUUAUUAGGCAACUCGAGAGAUCUUCCAGCUGAAUCUGUGACGUUAUUCCAGUUUUACAGCUACCUGGAGAAACACCAUGUAAACAACUUGGAAAAAUAUUUGAUCCGAUUCGCUAAAGAAGUAAUAUUGACAGAGGACCUGCAACGUCCUGGGAGAAUGAAGAAAAUAAAGAAGCUAAAAGGGAAGCAGCUGAAUCAGCUGGAACCUCUGCCUCAGACCUUACGGCUCCUUGCGGUCCUGCAGCUUGAUGAGAAUCAUCGUAUAGGCAAAGCGGCCACAUUGUGCCUUUCUCGUGCAGCAACCAACAGGAAUUUCAGGGAAAAAGCUCUUCCUUUUUACACAGAUCUCUUAAGCAACGAUGAUGCGAAACUACAGCAAGCCGCUUGUCUAGCCCUCAAAAACCUCAGAGGCAUUGAAAGUCUAGAGCAAAUUGCCACAUUGUGCCAAUCAGAAACCGAGGAAGUGAGGACCACUGCCAGAGAAACAACACUUUCAUUUGGAGAAAAGGGAAGAUUGGCUUUUGAAAAAAUGGACAAAAUAUGCUGUGAUCUAAGAGAGGCUAUGUAUCAAGAAGCUGACAUUGAAAUUACAAUAUUCUGAACAAGAACUUCAAAGGAGGAACCAAGGGUUAGAUGCUACAGUA